AGAGUGUGCACGUCUGCGCGUUGGACGGGUCCCGGCGCAUCGGCAGGACAUCGAGGCUCAGUCAGUACUGCACGAGCCGCAAUGGCGGGUUGCAGAGUGAAAAACUUACAUUACCACUGCAAAGAGGACUCCUGGACUCCAAUAGAAUCGGCUUUGAUAAAGCUAGUGAGGGAAAACCCACCCCUGUAUACACGCGGCGGCCGCGGCAGCAGAACAAAGAAGUUGAUGGUCUCACUGAUGUGGAGCGACAUUAGUGAUCAGUUGGGCUUACCAGAAUCCCGUUUACAAGAGAUAUGGCGACGUAUAGUUGCCGAAUGGGCUAUUAUUAAUAAAUUAUCUAAAUUAGGGUAUCCCGUAAGAAAUUUCCCAAGAGCAAAUAAAUUCCUUAUUACAAACUUCAGUUUCUUGGAUAACUACAUCAUGGACUUGAAGGAUGCGGAUGUGCCGCACAAUAUAUUAGACAUUUACCGCAAAAAAUUUGCGAUAAACGGAUCAGUAAUGAGAGCUAACUGCUCUUUCCCCGCUGGCACCUCGACUGCCAGGACAACAACGGAUCAAGCACCAAGCAGUCCUGGUACUGGUACCAGUAACUCAGAAGUAGCUGGUGCGGCUAGUUCCUCUGGAGUAGUUGGAUCAGCAUCAGGCACUCCCAGCCAAUCAGGCUCUCUUGGCGCAACUGCAGUGUCGGUCACAUCUUGCGACACCAAAUGUGCUAAUACUCCGGCCAAGACUAGUACAUCUGCCAAGCCCAGCGUCUCUGGCAAGAAAGACAAAACCGGGGUAGAACUAACAAAAAAAUCGGAAGACCACGGCAAAUCCGGCACGAACAGCAAAGCCGGAUCUCAUACGAAAACUGAAAGUUCUAAAUCUGGUGCAUCCCGCUCCACUGGCCGUAAGUCAAAGCAUAAGUAAACUUUUUACAUUGGCCCUCCAUGAUUGUCCUCCCGCAAAAUUAUGAAUUUUGUUAUUUAUACGAGUAGCAUGUAUGACAUGCUCGAUAUUAGGUUAUACCAAAAAUUUUAUUUAAACAUUAGAAAUUUUAUCAAGUUGAAUACUUUUUAUAACUUUGUUUGUUUUUUGUAAAUUAUUCAGUUUUAGUUACUACCAAGAUAUUGAAAUAAUUAUGAAAAAUAUAUAUAAUCAUUGGAAAUGUAAAUCUACACGUGGAAGAACUACGUACAUAAUAUACUACUACGUACACAUAUCUAGGUACUUUCAUUGAUAUAAUAUGUUGUUAGUUUAUAUAUAUAAUAUGUUUAUGAUUAUGCUAAAACACUGAAUUACUAUUUUGUUUGCUAAAAGAAUAGAAAUAUUUUUUUAGAUUAAUCAUAGUCCGCAGAGAUAAUAUUUUCUUAUUUUAAUAAUUUGUUUUAAUUUAGGUACUGAUUUAAGAUCUCGUAUUCGGGAUGUGCCUAGUGAUAGAUUUGAUAUUGUAUUUUUUGUACGUAUUUCUUAAAAAAUACAAACAAGUAUAGUACACAAACUGUGUGGUGCAGGGAACCUACCUUUCACAGGGUCUUUGUCUUCAGGGUGUCUCUUCUAAAAUAUUUACCUAUCUACGACAAAAACGAAUUGUAGGCUUUUUUUAUUAUUAUUAUAGUACCGCAAAACGGAGUAAGUAGUCAACUCGGACCACAUGCCUACGGCCCAUUUGGGACGAGUUGGGGAAAUUAAAAAUAAAUUAAAUUUUUAGUGGUGAACUCGUCCCACUUUUUUUUUGUAUGGAUCUUUAAACUUUAUCAAUGUUUGGUACAGUUAGCAACACAAGAUUAAAAAUAUUUUUUUAUUGUUUUGUUUCUU